AUGUAAAAACUUAAACACACACUAGUUACCUUUAAAUUAUGCCCCUAUAGCAUGAGAGUGCUUGCUUUAAUGUGUCACAAAAACAUUAAGUUCGAAAUAAAAUUUAUUGAGAUGCAUUGCAAACCUGAAUGGUUUGUAAAAAUUAGCCCUUUAUCUAAAGUACCAAUAUUAAUAAUCGGAGAUGACAUUGUUUUAUUUGAAUCUGACGCAAUAAUGGAGUAUAUCGAUGAAAUAACACUGCCUUAAAUUAUGUCAUCUGAUCCAAUAUAAAAAGCCUUAGACAGAGGCAAAUUUGAAUAUGCAAGUGAACUAAUGAAAAAUAUGUCUAUUUUUUUUUUUAGCUUUGAUGAGGAAAGAUUCUUUAAGUACAAGGAAUUAGUAAAACAAAAUAUAGCACAAGUAGAAAGAUGGUUAGAGGACAAAAAAUAUAUGAAUGGAGAUUAAAUAUCACUUAUUGAUUUUUGCUUCAUUCCCAUAUUUGUGAACCUAAAUGCCUUUAAGCCUAUAAUUUAGCAAUGUGAAUUAACAAAGAAUUUUACAAAAGUUUCAAAUUCAAAUAUAUAGUAGUUUAAUAAAUAUGGAGAGACUAUUCUGUAGCUUCCAUGUUCCAAAGCAGGAAAGGUGCCAGAUUAUGAAUUACUUAUAGUUGAAGGUGUCGAAAAGGUCAACAGUUACUUAUACAGAUUAAAUCCUUGCUUUUUUAAAAGUUUGAAAGACAUACACAUCAGAUAACCUCCAAAAUGA